UGUGGUUGAGCCUACUCGUCUACUGAAUGCGACCAUUUAUAGUAAAUAUUCGAAAAUAACCUUUAUAAUUAUUAAAAAAAUUGAAAAUUUGUUUUAUAAUAUUGUUUAUAUAUUAUCUCUAAAAAUGUCUUAUAAAGCACAUUUGGAUAUGGAAAUACGAAAAUUAAGGCCCGCUGAGUUAUAUACUUUAGCAAGUAUAUUAAGCAUUUCUGAUUCGUGGAAGAAACUAAUGUCUAUUGUGCUCAAAGAAGGAAAUGUUCCUAAAUUUAGUAGUGAUCAUAUCAGCAUCAUUGAACAAAUGGCAAAUAGUGAUAAACGCAACGCAGCUCAAAUAUUUUUGGAUGAGUGGGGUACUAUGGAGAAAAGGAGACCAACAUUAAAAUUAUUACAAGAACUUCUUAUAAAAGCAGAGCUAUUUAGAGCUGCUGAUUUUGUGGCAUGUGAUAUAUUAAAACAGGAAAAACCAAAGAGGCCAGAUUAUGGUCCAGCUCAUUCUAUUGAUACAAGUGAUACAGUUAUAAAUAAACUACUAGAUAAUCAAAUGCUUCCACAGGAUACAUUUGCUAAUCGUACGAUAUUAAAACCAACAUCAGAGAUUAAUAGAAUAUGUUCCUCUGAAGAACCUGCAGCUGUACAGGCAAUGCAAAAUUACAGAUGCGAAGAAUUAUCAUCUGAAGAACUGCCAGUAGUUCUUAACAACUAUAAAUAACUUGCAAAAGCAGUGCUUAAUGUUUAUUUAUUUAAA